AUGCAGAGGAAACAGUAUCAGCGCAAGGUCGGCAGACAAGCACGCGCCUACCAGAUUGAGACAACGAUGUUCAGGUCCUAUAAAUCGCCAUGGGUCAAUACUCCCACACAGGAAGGCAGCAACAAGUUCAGAGACAAAUCCCCACAGCACGAUGAAGCCAGUCAAGCCAAUCCCGAAGUUUUUGUGCAGAUCAGAAGCGGUCAAAAUCAUGAGAAGAGAGAUGAUCGACAACUUUGCAAACACCAAUGUCGCAAUGUACAGCAACUUGUUUGCAUACUCGGCCUGGAGGGCAUCAGCAUCAAGUAG